CCAUUCCGUUGGACAAUAAUUUGUCCCUUAUGACAUUACCUGACACGGUCGAAGGCUGAAUUAUCAAAAGGAGCCUUUUGUGGCACAGUAAACUCAAAUUCACUGAAGGUUCCGCAAGCCCCUUUUUCCAGAACUUGAGGAUGGCACAAAACGCAUCAUUUCAGCAGCAGAAAUUCAUAAUACCUAACAAGUAUGGCUAUAAAUUAGUGGGGAUAUUACAUGAAUCUGGAACCAAAGAGAUUGUUCUCCUAUGCCAUGGGGGUCGAGCUUCCAAGGAAAACUUUAUCAUGACCAAUCUUGCUGCUGCUCUAGAGAAUGCAGGAAUCAGUUCUUUCCGCUUUGACUUCACUGGAAAUGGGGAAAGUGAAGGUUCAUUUGAAAUUGGUGGCUUCUGGAGGGAAGCUGAUGAUAUACAUGCUGUAGCUCAACACUUUCAAGAAGCAAACCGCACAGUUAUUGCAAUUGUUGGGCACAGUAAAGGAGCUAAUGCAGCACUUCUUUAUGCUUCAAAAUAUCAUGAUAUUAAAACCAUUGUCAACCUAUCUGGCUGCCAUGAUUUGAAGGUGGGUCUUGAAAAUCGCUUUGGAAAAGAUUUUCUGGAAAGACUCAGGAAGGAAGGUUUUAUUGAGUUUAAGGCAGAGUCAGGUAUUAAUUAUCGUGUAACUGAGGAAAGUUUGACGGAUCGGUUAAACAUAAUUAUGCUUGAAGAAUGCCUGCAUAUUGACAAAAAAUGCAGAUAUGACAGGUUCUUUACAGUUCAUGGUAGUGCAGACAUCCAAAUCCCGGUUGUAGCUGCGCAUGAGUUAGCCAAGAUCCUACCUAAUCACAAGUUGCACAUCAUAGAGGGAGCUGAUCAUGUAUAUACUGAUCAUCAAGCUGAGUUAGCGUCAGUUGUGCUGAAUUUUAUAAAGGAAACAUUGAAACUGGACAAGCUUAAUGCUAGUUAGGUCCUUGAUGGAAUCUGCUUCAUGAUGCAAUAUUGCAACUUGGUACCUUAGAGAACUUUGCUCGUGCUGGAGAGAGUCGUCUUUGAUUUUAUUAGAGAGAACCAUUUGUGCUUUGUGGCUGCAAUAUCUAUAUCAUAUGAUAAAUAAGGUUGGGGACUUGGUGCCUCCUAGUUGUGUCCUACGUUUUUAAAGAAUGAAAACAUUAGCGUUUGUUUAGUGGAUGGACUUUGUAGAAUGAUCCUACUCCUACGGUCGUAAUUAGUCAUGAUAUUUUUCUUUAUUAUAUUAAAGUAUUGCUUUACUAA